UUACAGCAUAUAGGCGGAGCUCUGGUGUUAUUAAAGGGGCAUGAAUUGCUCUUUUUCAGCAAGAUAACGGGUUUGAAGGGAAAGCGAAAGCAAAUCAGACACGGACCGAAGCGAGGCAAAGCAAAGGAGCCAAGCGAAAGCGUUUGGAACGGGAUUUAAGCGGGCAGCUGAGCCGAAUGUUGGCCUGCUGGAAGCGGGCAGAGCUCCGAGAUCGCUGAUGGAAGGUUGUUUAGCCGAUUCUGAAUCGUAACAAGAAAGGCCGAGAAUGAACGCUCUACGUGAAUAAAGUCGGUAUUCUUCUAUCAAAGUAGUAACGUCAAUAAUAAAACGGACGUGCACGUGUUACAUCAAAAGAGCGAAUGGCGCAGUCGUAAAUUGAAAUGAAAUGCAAGUUAUUUUCAUAACGGAUUACCUUCGCAAGAGUUUCUUGAAAUAUUCUGAACAAACUAUUAAGUGGCGAGCAUUGUGGCUUCAUCUUCUUAGAUGAGAAUGUCAUUAGCGCAGAGGGUUCUGAUGACCUGGCUCUUCACCCUGCUUUUCCUAAUUGUGUUGGUGCUGAAACUGGACGAUAAAGCACCUUGGAACUGGUUCCUCAUCUUCAUUCCGCUCUGGAUUUUUGAUGCUAUUCUCUUAAUUAUGUUAAUUGUAAAGAUAAUAGGAAGAUGUAAAUCCGGCUACGAUAGGAAUGGUACCAACCUCAAGAAGGAGGUUUGGUACUUAUGUGCUAUGCUGCUUAAAUUAGGCUUUCAACUGGCGGUGUGCGCAAGAUUGGAGCAAUUUGCACAAAUGAAGCUCAGUUUUAUUUUUAUACCCCUUUGGCUGUUAAUAAUUGGAGCGAUUGUUGAUUUAGGGUACAAUACUUAUUCUAUGAGGCAAGAUUGAUGAAGACUAACGCAGGGUGAACUCUUCAUUUCCGGCCUAGAAACUGCUCCAUCGUGUGGCUGUUAAUUGAAAUAGCUGGAAUAGGAGCAAAAGGAAACCCGCGACAAUCGAGGCAUCCAACAAAAAACGGAAAGUGCUGGAAGAAAUUGACAGGGCCAGCAGCAUCUAUAGUUCGAUAAAAAGUAAUCGCCUCCGUUUCUCCUACAGGGACGUAGCUUGCCCUACAGAUUAUUCCCAGCAUUUACUGUUGGUACUGUCGCAUGGGGAAAUCGCGAUAUAUUCAUUCUUUUAUGUCAAAAUAACUCCAUAGGAUGCAAAUGUUAUUCCUUAUAACAAUCUCACCCGUGCAUUGUGAUGUCAUCGUGGUUAUUAAAGUAAAUGUGAAUGUUUUUAUAUAAACACCCUGUAAAUUAUUGACAGGUUGCCACCGCACCUGCUGUUUGUUCCAAGCAAAAGCCGUUUGUGUUUUAUGCAACUGAAAUUCUUCCUUUAACAUGUUAAGUUGAAAACAAACAGUAUAUUUACAUAAGCAUGAUAGUUCGGUUAUCUAGAAUACGUAUUUCCUUUUUAGGGACAUGCUGUAAUUAUAAGAUUCAGAUUGGCAUUCCUGCUACCUGCAAUUUUUAAGCUUUGAUUGUGUCAAUAAGACGGCCACAUAUAGCAAAAUCUAGAGAGACUGGAAAUCUUAAAGUAAAAAAAAUAUAGAAGAUGCUUAGGUCAACAGCAGCUGUUGUGUGGAGGAACAUUGUUAUUUUUCCUGGCUGAUGAUAGGAAAAAUGUGAGAAACCUGUUGCAAGGACACAGGCCACCUGCAAGCAAAUGAGCAGUUUAAAUUUGCAUUGUAGUCAGUACAGACAUCAUGGACAGAUACUGUAGUUCUGUUAUAAGUUGCAGAAAAAGUACAGGACUACUUGUGCCAUAUUUAGGAGUUGUAGCACAAUCUGCAUCUUCAGAGAGGGUAGCAACAUUGUUAUGUACAAGAUGGAUGUCAAUGUUGUGAACUUUAGGAAGCAAAUAAUUUCAGUUCAAGGGAAUCUACAUAUUUGCCAAUACAUAACUGCACACAUCUUUCUGAUUUUAAAACAAGAAAUUAUCUGACACUGCAUAUUUUGUAAAUAAAACAAGCAACCAUACUUGGAUUGUAAAAGUUGUAAUUACUGUCAACUAUUUAACAUGCACCAAUUAUUGCAGUUCAUGAAGUAAAAGCAAAAAAAUAGGUUUGCUGAUUACGGCACAUCAAGAAGAUACUUGCUUGUAUUACCAGCACUGCCAUGAGCCAAAUUUCAGAAGUGGCACUUGGGGAAGCACAAGUCCUAGCCAUGUAUAAAUGCUACAUUGUAAUGUCCAUGAAAGACCAUUUUCUCCCUAAAAUUGACAGUUUCACAUUAUGUGAGAACAUAAAAAUACAAAUAAUUUCUUGUUUUCAAAUACUGUACUUGGAACAACUUCCAGUAAUUAAAAAAAAUAUAAUGUAGAAGUGAUCACCGUUUUUCAAAUCACUUUUGUUAACAUUUCAGUUUGGCUUACAGCAAGACCUUCAACUGGGUUUCUUAAGAUGAUUGCACCAUUUUCACCAAUAUCAGAUUCAAAAAUGUUUCCACCUGACAUAUUCAAUUAUAUUGCUAUUUGGAACAUUGCAUAGCCAAAGAAAUAAAAUUGUUUUCAAUAACUCAACAACUUAACUGGAUUGAAGCAGGACUUUUCUAAAGUCUAUGAAUGGGGUAGCCUAUUCUGUUUGCUCCCCAUUUACUAACAUUAUGUCCAAUAGUGUACUCCCAUCCUGACCAUGUAUCACUUGAUUCACUUAAGAAUUAACAGUCUCCCUCUUCUUUGAGUAGCUCAAGUUUUUAGAUACUAUAAAACAUCUUCCUCAUCUUAAGUCUUGAAUGGACAACUGUUAUUCUGAGACAAUGCCUUCUGAUCUGAGACUCUACCACGUCAGGUAGAAAUCUCCCAGUAUUUACCGUCUUAAGUGUUCCAACAAUCUUUUUAUCAGCUUAUAUCUUGUGCUUUUAAAUACCAAUGAGUGCAGCCUAUUCAAUGUUUCCACAUUCUUUGAAGCAUCCUGGUGAACCUCAAAGGGUCAUUGUGCACAAAACUCUUAACGUGGCGUAACUAAUGCUUAGUACAAUCGUAGCACAAGACGUCCAUACGUCUAUAUUCCCAAGUCCUUGAAGUAAUAUUCUUAAAUGCCCUUUCAGAUAACAUGUCCUCUACACAAAACUUGAGUGUGCAUAAUGAUCAAGGCUACCAGAUUUCAUUCUUUGGAGAAAGCAAGAAAACCAGUAUUGUCAGAGUCAACAAAUACUGUAACUGAGCAGUUAAGUGUUCAAUAAAAUUGUUACAUUUGUACACUUUUCCCUGGUAUUUCUUUUGCAUUUAAAAUAAACAUUUCUCAAAAUGCUGAAACAAUUUGUGGUUCUGAUAAAAAUGUUUACUCUAUUUCUGCUGAAAUAACCUGACCUGUAGAGUAUUUCUUGCAUUUCAUGUUUUAACUCAAGAUCCUUUUUUAUGAUUUUGUUCG